CUCUCCUCCCUCCUGCUCUCCUCCCUCCAGCUGUUUCUGUGGCUGAGUUCUGUCCCUGUCCCAUUCAGGGAAGCAGCCCCCGCUGCCAGCAGUGAGCUCAGGACGGAGCAGGGCCCCCAGGAAGUCUCCCGGUGGUUAGGGGUGUUCUAGCCGCUGCCCUCUGGGGGUUCAGAGGGGGAUCUUGAAUGAACGAAUGAAUGAACUGCUUUCUGGGCAAACUGCCACAGCCAGAGGAGCCGUGUGGUUGGGAGAAAGAAGCCUGGGUGCGCAAGUCUCUUCAACAGCCUUGAGUGGCCUGAAGUCACAGGGAAUCCUCAGGAAGAACUUCUGGGCAGAGACCAGCGGGAAGGUGUUUCUAGCUGUGCACAGGGACUGAUUGGCUGAGGACUCACAUUGGAGAGCUCCAGACAACAUAACAGUGAACGAGAAUGGAGUAUGAAGAUUAUAACACCUCCUUCAGUUACGAUGAUGAAUAUCCUGAUUAUUUAGACACAAUUUUUUUUUUGGAGGAGUCAGCCCCCUUGGGAGCCACGGUGACCAGGAUCGCCAUGGUGGUGGUCUACAUCAUCGUCUGCUUCCUCGGGAUCCUGGGCAAUGGUCUGGUGAUCAUCAUUGCCACCUUCAAGAUGAAGAAGACGGUGAACACGGUCUGGUUCCUCAACCUGGCGGUGGCAGAUUUCCUGUUCAACAUCUUCCUCCCGAUCUAUAUCACCUAUGUCGCCAUGGACUACCACUGGGUCUUUGGGACGGCCAUGUGCAAGAUCAGCAACUUCCUUCUCAUCCACAACAUGUUCACCAGCGUCUUCCUGCUGACCAUCAUCAGUUUCGACCGCUGCGUCUCUGUGCUCCUCCCUGUGUGGUCUCAGAACAACCGCAGUGUUCGCCUGGCUUACGUGGCCUGCAUGGUCAUCUGGGUCCUGGCUUUCUUCUUGAGUUCCCCAUCUCUUGUCUUCCGAGACACAGCCGACAAUCAUGGGAAAAUAGCCUGCUUCAACAACUUCAGCAUGUCCGCAGCUGGGUCUUCCUUGUGGCCUGCUCAACCCCAGGUGAACCCUGUGGGGUACAACUGGCACAUGGUGGUGACCAUCACCCGCUUCCUCUUCGGCUUCCUGGUCCCAGUCCUCAUCAUCACAGUUUGCUACCUCACCAUUGUCUGCAAGCUGCGGCGCAACCGCCUGGCCAAGACCAAGAAGCCCUUCAAGAUCAUUGUGACCAUCAUCAUUACCUUCUUCUUCUGCUGGUGCCCCUACCACACACUCAACCUCCUGGAGCUCCACCACAUUUCCAUCCCUACCUCCGUCUUCACCCUGGGUUUUCCUCUGGCCACUGCCUUCGCCAUUGCCAACAGCUGUAUAAACCCCAUUUUGUAUGUUUUCAUGGGUCAGGACUUCAAGAAGUUCAAGGUGGCCCUCUUUUCCCGCCUGGACAAUGCUCUAAGUGAAGACACAGCCCACUCUUCCUACCUCAGCCAUAGAAGCUUUACCAAGAUGCCAUCAAUGAAUGAGAGGACUUCAGUGAAUGAGAGGGAGACCAGCAUGCUAUGAGCCUCACUGGGGAGCCCCUCAAUGGACCCUCUCAACCCAGGGGCACUCAAGGAUAUGUCUUCUGAAGAUCAAGGCAAGAACCUAUUUAGCAUCCGCCAAUUUCCACUGCAUUUUUCAUGGGGAUGAACAGUGUUUUACACUGGGAAUCCACGCCUGGAACCCUUUUCUCCAAGUGGACAGAAUGCUCUGUGUUCCACACGGCCAAGGCUAGUCUCCCAUUUAUGCUUCUUGGGAGACUAGCCUUGACUGACUCAAAGUAAACAAGGAAGAAUUCUCAAAAGCACUGCCAUUAACUGGGAUUGGCAUGAGGCGGUGGGAUUAAGCUGCCUACUGUGUGUGCCCCAGAAUGACACAGACACUCUCCACGGUCCCUUCCUGCUGUGAGCAGUGGGAGGUCAGAGAAAACCUAGUGUGAUACAGAGCACACCUGGCCCUUUUCUACCUAUUAUGAGUGGCCUAUUAUCAUUGGCCAGAAAACCCGACCUUUAAGUCACUCCUCUGCAUUAAAGCAUGUGGAAACGCAUAGGUGAUCUGGGAGAGGAAGGUGCCAUAUCAGCCCAUGAACUCCAUAGACCAUGAAUUUGGCUUUUGGAUCCGCUAGGAAGACAGAGAACAGGUUCUGAGAGGUCAUGUGGGCUCUUCGCAAGGGAAGGCAAGUGAGGGAUGCAACGAGGACUUGAGAUUUGGCAAAGGAAUGAGAAAGAAGGAAAGAACCUUCAGAAGAUGCAAGCGUGAAGCAGCUCACCCUAAACGUCACAGGCUGAUGGAGCUUCAGGCUGGAGCUAUCGCAGAGUGAGGGUGGUGCCAGGCUCUGCGCCCACCUUGCCCUUCUUACCUGGGCAUGGGGUUGUGGCAGGCGUCUUCACCAGUAGCCCUCACCUCAUCACAGGGAUUCUUUCUGCCUUUCCUAAUCCACUCAGCUCUGGCUGGAGGGGCUUAGAAUAAAACACUGGUGGUGGGGCUUCUCCUUCUUGUCAAUUUUCUCAGUGCCUUUGGAGAUGGGUCCAAAAUACAGCUUUGGGAAGCAACUCUGGAGAGCCCACUUAGAAGAAGAGUAUGUCCGAGGGUUCAGUCACUUGAAACAGAGUCUGAAACCGGACUCCUUGAACUGUGGUCCUGAGCUGCAGACACCAAAUACCUCCUGGAUACAGGUGCCUGGUAUAGCUUUUCUCAUCUAAUACUGACACGUCCCUGUGACGCAGAGCGUCAUUGCCCCAUUUACAAAUGACAUAGCUGAGGCCCAGAGGGGCAAAGUAACUUGUCCAACGUCACACAGCUAAUCAGUGGCAGAGUUAAGGUCUGAACCUGGCUCUGACUGGCUCCAGAAACUCCUUUCCUCUAUUUGGCAUUUCUCUGUGGAGAUUAUUCUAGUAUAUUGAUAGCCUACAUUUAUUUAGCACUUUUUGUAUUACGCACUUUACAUAUGUUUUCUCAUUUAAUCAUUACAGCAACUCUGAGUUAGGUACUGUUAUAGCUUCCCUUUUACGUAGGAGGAAUCUGAGGCUCAGAGAAGUUAAGUAACUUGCCCAAAGAUACCCUGCUAGUCUCUGCCAGAACUUGGAUUUGAACCUCAGUCUGCCUGGCUUAAAUGAGGCUGCAGAGUCAGGAAGGACCUAAAGAGGCUGGAGAUUUUUACCAUAAAUAUUGAUUCUUCCGCAAAAGAAUGUGAACAUCUUAAUGGCCUUUAAGAAGCUUUGCAAAUAGUUUUCAAAAAUGAUGCAACAUGGCAGAGAAAAUGCACUUGGCUUCCAGCUUGCUCCACAGCCAUUAACAGCCCCCUUCCAUGGCUCCCACCUCCUGCGUCUCCUGAGAUCAAGGCAAUGGGGAGGGAGGGCUGGCAGGAGGCGGUCCUUUGUGGGCCCAAGUCCCUUUGGCUCCUAAGUGUCCGCGUUCUGUUCUCUUCCAAGUCCCUUCAUCCUUAAGCUGAUUCUCCAACAAGAUGCAACGAACAGAUGCAAUGUCUACCCCGUGCUGGGUGAGUUCCCGAGGCCACGGGCUGUUUGGAAUCACACUUCAUUAAGAGACAAACUGUUCCUUCCCUUGUUGUGCCUUAAUGCUUAUGACAAGGCAGCUCUGAAUUGACCCCAAGCUGGAGCCUCUGAAUGCUGUAAAGAGUUUGAACAUAGACAGUUUGAGAGCAAAAAGGGAGCUUUAAAUAUUGCUCAGUGGCCCCCAUCAUCCUUCUUCCCAUGUUUACUGAGGCACGAGAUGGCAUGGGAUCUGUCCCAGGUCACAGCAGCAGACAUCAGCGACUUGGACCUCCUGGCUCCUAGGAUGCUGCUUUUCCUGGGCUUCUGGGAGUCCAGGCCAGACUAGGGGAGCCAGGAAUUCAUGUUGUCAUCAGAAAAGCUGAUCAACAGGAGCACAAUUCAAACCCGCUGUUUUCUUCUUUAGAGUCUGGCCUCCCUCUUUUUGGAUGCUCUGCCGGCCUUCCUGUUCUAACUUAGGUUCCUGUCAAGUACUUAAAUGCAGCCAGAAGGUCCCAUACAGUCUUGUCCCCACAGCUUCAUGUGACCCUCUCCAUGGGUCAUGCAUACAUCAUCCCUGCAGUGUGCAAAGUGUGCUCACCUGCAUUGCUGCCCAGGCAACCAACACACUUAGUUCCCAGAGCCUUCUCUCUAGACCCAGGACUCAGCAACGGGAACAUAUUUAACCCUGCCUCCUGGGUGGGGUGGGCGGGUUGAGGGAUCAUGAGGACCAGAAGUAGAGGGACAAGAAGAGAAGGUGGUGUUUGAAGAUGGAGGAGGGGCAGGAGAGGGGACAGAAAGGUCCCGGAGCAUGAUGAUGAAGGAAAAGUAUCUGACAUUCAUGAAGCACCUAUGAUGGUUCAGACACAAACAUCAAAAGCCUCAGAUUGGCCCAGGCAAAAGAGGAUCAUCAUAGCAAGGUGGCGUGGGGGCACAGAAAGUUAGUGUUCCAGAACAGAAUUCACUAGCUCAGAGUUGCUCAGCUAAUGAGGUAUGGAGCUGGGCUUUGAAUCAGGUCAGCUGCCUGAAUGCCCAAUUUCUUCGGCCCUUGGAAGGAGAGGGUCAGGGGAGGAAGAAGGAAGAGAGAAGAGGAGAGAAAUGAAGUCAAAAGAGAAAGAGGAAUUAGAUUUCAGAAUCAUCUCCAGCUGACUCUUGAGCCAGCAAGGACAGGGAGCAGGGAAGAGCAAGAACAUGAAGGGCCUCAGGCACUGGGAUGCCUUUGCCAGCCUUAGAUAAUUUCCAGGGUACAUAGGGCCCUGCAAGUUCUCAGGCUCCCUGUCCAGAGAAGAGGCACAGAGAUUCUGGCAGCAAGGUUUAGAAGGGGUGAGGAAACUGGGCACUGACCAAGGGAGGGGAUUGGCUCAAAUUCGACCCCAGAGUUAGCUCUAGUGGGAUUGGGAGCCUGGGUGAGUGAGAGAAGACAGAAUCCAAUCAUGAGAACAGCAAGGGACCUUCAAACUCAUCUUGUCCAGAUGUCUCCCAUUUCGCAGAUGAGGGCACUGAGGUUUCGAGAGCUUCUCUUUGAGGACUCUGGAAAAUGAGGUGAUGUUUGGUUUGGAUGGAAAUGGUCAUCGGUGAUUCCUCAACUCCUGCCCUGCAUCCCUCUCUCGUUCCUCCCUGACAUGUUAUGCUCUUGUUGGGGCUGGGACGCCCAAGGACCAUGGUUAUCAAAUCCUGGGUUUGGAAAAUUGCUGCUGGGGGUGCUAUCUAGGACCAGAGAGGAAUAUACUAUUUCUACUGUGAACUAAUUCAGCAGGGGGUCUGCUUAAUUCCUCCCUUUGAGAACAAAGUUUCUCUCGAAUAAAGAGACUGAAGCAAGA